AUGGCUCAAUACACUAGCCCCAAGACUAAGGCUCAGAUAAUUGUGCUGAAAAAGCUCAAAUACUCAGAUUGGGCUGUUGUUCAGCUUUUGCAACCUGAGACCCAGGUUUCUCAUGCUACUCAAUGUCAGAUUUGCUGCUUUGGCCCUAGCCCAGAGCAGAGUAACAACAGCAGCAAACAUUAG